AUGAUAGUGAUGUAUGUUUUUGAGACGUAUUUGGAUAUGAGGCAACACACUGCUCUCAAGCUUCCAAAUCUCCCAAAGACCUUGGUUAGAGUCAUCAGCCAAGAAAAGUUUGAGAAGUCUCGAGCAUACAGUCUUGACAAAAGCCAUUUUCACUUUGUUCAUGAGUUUGUGACUAUCCUUAUGGACUCUGCUAUUUUGUUCUUCGGGAUCUUGCCUUGGUUUUGGAAGAUAUCUGGAGGUUUCCUACCAAUGGUGGGACUCAAUCCAGAGAGUGAAAUACUGCACACUCUUUCAUUCUUGGCUGGUGUUAUGACAUGGUCACAGAUCACUGAUUUGCCAUUUUCUUUGUACUCAACGUUUGUGAUUGAGUCUCGGCAUGGGUUCAACAAACAAACAAUAUGGAUGUUCAUUAGGGACAUGAUCAAAGGAAUACUUCUCUCUGUCGUACUAGCCCCACCUAUCGUUGCCACAAUUAUUUUCAUAGUUCAGAAAGGAGGUCCUUACCUUGCCAUCUAUCUGUGGGCAUUCAUGUUUAUCCUGUCUAUAGUGAUGAUGACAAUAUACCCAGUUUUGAUUGCACCGCUUUUCAACAAGUUCACUCCUCUUCCGGAUGGAGACCUCCGGGAGAAGAUUGAGAAACUUGCUUCUUCUCUAAGGUUUCCUCUGAAGAAGCUGUUUGUUGUUGAUGGAUCUAUAAGGUCAAGCCAUAGUAAUGCUUACAUGUAUGGUUUCUUCAAGAACAAAAGGAUUGUUCUUUAUGAUACAUUGAUUCAACAGUGCAAGAAUGAGGAUGAAAUUGUGGCGGUUAUUGCACACGAACUGGGACACUGGAAGUUGAAUCACACUACAUACUCGUUCAUUGCAGUUCAACACACAGUAAUACCACUGCAACACCUAGUAAGCUUUGGCCUCAACCUUGUUAGUCGAGCGUUUGAGUUUCAGGCUGAUGCUUUUGCAGUGAAUCUUGGUUAUGCAAAGGAUCUCCGUCCUGCCCUAGUGAAGCUACAGGAAGAGAACUUAUCAGCGAUGAACACUGAUCCGUUGUACUCAGCUUAUCACUACUCACAUCCUCCUCUUGUAGAGAGGCUUCGAGCCAUUGAUGGAGAAGACAAGAAGACAGAUUAG